AUGUCUUUCUCCCGGGAUGUGGCUUUGGACUUGCUGAAGAGCAAAAUCAAACUUCUCACUGACUUCCUGGACAUUUACAUCAAAAUAGCAAACGUGCACACAGUUGAUUUUUAUACCAAGGACAUAUGGAAUGAGUUUGUGGCUGUGUCGCCUGAAACCGUCAUUUCGAGUCUCUUCUCUCAGCAGGGAGGAAGCACAAGUGAAGGAAAAGAUGACUCCGUAUGGGACCAGUCCCAAAGACUUCACAAUGUAGCUGCCUACAGGAGAAUUACACAGGAUCACUCUUUGUCAAACCUUGGAGUCUGCACACCUCUGGAUGACCUGCAGCAAGAACUGUGGGGAGAUAAAGAAAAAGAAAUGUUUCUGAAAACCAGCACAUUUAUGAACACAAAGAAGUCCCAUGAGGUUGAGGUGAUGUCUGAAAUCGUUGCAUGUUUUGCCAAAUAUUGCAAUAUCAAACAGGUGAUUGAUAUCGGAUCAGGAAAGGGGUAUUUGAGUUCCUACUUGUCCAUGCAAUAUGGGCUAAGUGUAUAUGGCAUUGAUUCAUCCACUACCAACACAGUCGGGGCAAAUGAGAGGAACCGGAAAUUAGAAAGAUAUUGGAAAGUUUAUCAGCGUCAAUCAAAGCCUAAAACCCAAGACUCUAAACCGGAACAUCCAAAAGAAAAGCAGAUGAAUAGUAUGGAAAAUUUUACCAAAAUCAAGGAGCCGGCCGGUUAUAUUGGGGAAGAGGAGGAUACUACUGAUGUUCAGUCUAUGCAUGAACAGUCACUUGCGCAGUCUCCUGUUUCCACCACUCUUGUAGACUCUGAGGUAUAUGAGAAAAACAUUGUAGAAACAUCUGCAGAAGCUGCCAGAUCAGACAAAUUUUACGACUCUGAGAACGCUUUUCUGGGACUUCUGUCGACUGAUGUUGUGGAACUGAGUCCACAAGUGAGGCAAAGGAAAUGCCUGGAUGAAAAAGAGAAAGAGAGGCGUAAAUCUGCAAGCUUGGAGGCUAAAGCAAAGCGAGUAAAACAGGCCAAUCUGUAUUCUCCAAUAACAUUGCAUGUUACUUCCACAACAGAAUUACACGACAUCACUUCUGACAUCAAGGAUUCUAUCGUCGUUGGUCUACAUACCUGUGGUGACCUUGCUUCAAAUACUUUACGCAUCUUUAUUACUAAACCAGAGCUCAAAGCUGUUUGCAGUGUUGGCUGCUGCUACCACCUGGUCUCAGAAGAGUUUGAAUUUUCGGAUCGCAGCCAAGAAGGCUGUCAAGGACCUUGGGGAUUUCCGAUGAGCCAGUACUUGAGAAGCAAUGGUUGGCACUGUGGACGGAAUGCUAGAAUGUCUGCAUGUUUGCCAUUUGAAAGAGUGACAAUUGGCCACGGGCAGCUUCCAUUGGAAUCCUUAUUUUAUCGUGCAGUUUUGCAAGUUAUUAUCAAAGAACACUUUGGAAAUGGAAAGACACCCAAUGCAUUUCAACAAACCAAGGACAAACAUGUUGGCAAGAUGUAUUUUAAAUCUUCAUCUUUUGUGGACUACACAAGAAAAGCAACAGAAAAGCUGGGAAUGGAUAGUUCAAAGAUGUCGGACAGUUUAAUACAAGGUUAUUAUGACAGAUUCAUACCCCGAUUGAAAGAAUUGGAAGCAUUUAACCUGCUGAAGGUAGCCUUAGCCCCUUGCAUAGAAGGUUUAAUACUUUUGGAUCGACUUUGCUAUCUCAAGGAGCAGGAAAAUGUGGCAUGGUCAUUGCUUGUCCAGCUCUUUGAUCCUGUAAAGUCCCCGAGAUGUUACGCAGUAAUUGGAGUGAAAAAGUAGAACCAUUCCAAAAUUUAAUUGUAUUAUUGAUAUGUUUUAUACUGUGCUUUUUCAUUUUUCCAUUUAAAUUCACGCUUUUAAGAGUUACUAAUUUUACCUGAUGUUCUUCAGACUGCUGAUUAAACUUUUAUUUUCACUGGUACAUUUAUGACAAUUUAAUAAACAGAUGAAACACAUUUGAAUGGAUAAGUUGUUAUAUCAUGUUACAUUUCUUGGCAAGAUUUCCACACCCAAUGGAGCAGAUGUAUUAAAAAAUAAAUAAGUCUGGGGUGAAAAAUGAAGUUUUUCAAUUGUAUAGUUGUCGAUAAUUCUGUGUAACUAGAAAUGGAUAAUUAUACUUUCUUGAUGGAAAAUGAAAUCAGAUGUAAUUGCACGCACAUCUAUUUUCAGUGACCAUAGAAUGGUGAAGACUGAAGAUUUGUUAAAAUGAUCCUCUGAUAUAUUUAAAAGUUGGAGUAACAUUAUAGAAUUUAUAGGUUUUACUGGCAGUGGAGUGGCUGGGUGAGGAUCAAGUAAGAGCAAGAGAAUGCCAUGCAGCAGUGUCCAAAGAGCAUAAUAAGCACAUUUCCGUUAGGAACUGAAGUGGGCAGCAAGGUCCUUCAAGCCUGCUGUGUCAUGCAUCAAGAUCGCAAAGUGCUACAGAUGUACAGUGGAGAGCAUUCUGACUGGCUGCAUCACCGUCUGGUGUGGGGGUGGGGGGGCCACUGCACAGGAUCGAAAUAAGCUGCAGAAUGUUGUAAGCUCAGCCAGCUCCAUCAUGAGUACUGGUCUCCAUAGUAAGAAGGACAUCAUCGAGGAGCAACGCCUCGAAAAGGUGGUGUCCAUCAGUAAAGACCCCCAUCGCCCAUGUCAUGCCUUUUUCUCAAUACUACUAUCAGGUAGGAGGUAUAGAAGCGAGAAAACACACACUCAACGAUUCAGGAACAGCUUCUUCCCCUGUGCCAUCUGAUUUCUGAAUGGACAUUAAACCCAUGAACACUGUCUCACUAUAUUUUUAUUUCUAUUUUUGCACUACUUAUAUACUCAAUGUAUAUGACUAAUAUACACUGCUCAGGCUUCCAGCUGGGUGCAGAAUCAGAAUCAGGUUUAUUAUCACUGGCAUGUGUCAUGAAAUUUGUUAACUUAGCAGGAGCAGUUCAAUGAGAUACAUAAUAAUAUAGAAUGAAAGAAAGAAAAUAAAUAAACUGCAGGAAGUAUAUUUAUUUAUAUUGAUUAGAUUAAAAUAGUGUGAAAACAGAAAUAACAUAUAUUUUUAAAAAGGCAGAGUUCAUGGGUUCAAUGCCCUUUUAGGAAUCAUAUGACAGAGGGGAAGAAGCUGUUUGCGAAUCGCCGAGUGUGUGCCUUCAGGUUUCUGUGCCUCCUUCCUGACAGUAACAAUGAGAAAUGGGCCUGCCCUGGGUAAUGGACGUCACCUUUCUGAGGCACCACUCCUUGAAGACCUCUUGGGUACUAUGGAGGCUGGUACCCAAGAUGGAGCUGACUAAUUUUCUUGUGGUCCUGUGCAGUAGCACCCCUGUACCAGGCAGUGAUGUAGCCUGUCAGAAUGUUCUUCCCGGUACAACUAUAGAAGUUUUUGAGUGUUUCAGUUGACAAACCAGAUCUCUUCAAACUCCUCAUGAAAUAUAGUUACUGUCUUGCCGCCUUUAUAGCUGCUUCGAUAUGUUGGGACCAGGUUAGAUCCUUAGAGAUCUUGACACGUAGGAACUUGAAGUUGCUCACUCCCUCCACUUCUGAUCCCUCUCUGAGGAUUGGAUCGUGAUCCCUCAUCAUAUCCU